AUGAGCGUCUCCGAUCUCAUCAAGUCCAUCAACGCCGUCACUUCGAGUGGCGAACUGAACAGUAUAGAUGAGCAGCAGCGUGCGGAGCUGUCGUCUGCAUGCGACAGAUUGAAGGCGAUGUGCGAAUCUUCUCUGGAAACAAUGUUCAGGCUACUAUUCACAGAACACCAGACCAUGGUUCUUCGUCUAGCCAUCGACCUCAAGCUCUUCGACGCCGUCAUCCACCACUCAUCCCAGAGUGAGACAGGCAAAGUCACUGUAAACCAGAUAGCUACCGACACAAAAGCAGACCCAAUCCUUGUCGGCCGAAUCAUGCGCUUCCUCUCCGCCAUGGGAACCCUCAAACAACACACCGCUGACACUUUCACCCCUACUCCCCUCUCCUCAUCCUACAUCUCAACCUUUCCACUCGCAGCAGCCAUCAUCCACUUCACCCACUUCCACACCUUCCUCACCCAACUCCCAGAAUACUUCGCCAAAAACAACUGGACCAACCCCAACGACCUAACCAACACGCCCUUCCAAUUCGCCGCCGGCACAUCCUCCCCCUACUUCGACUACCUGUCCACAAAGCCCUACUACCAAUCCUCCUUCAACACGGUCAUGAAGUCCCCAAUCCGUCGCGCAGGUCAACCAUGGUUCAAGCUUUUCCCGGUAACCGACAAACUCCACAUCGACAACCCCACCCCUUCCUCAAUACUCAUGGUAGAUAUCGGUGGCAGCCAGGGCCAAGACCUCCUCGCGUUCCGCUCCGCGUUCCCGGACCUCCCCGGACGACUGAUUCUGCAGGACCUGCCGCAUGUUGUCGCUGAUGCGGAGCUACCUGAUGGGGUAAUAGAGAGUCAAGGGUAUGACUUCUUCACGGAGCAGCCUGUCAAGGGAGCCAAGGGGUACAUGCUCCGCACUGUGUUGCAUGAUUGGCCUGAUAAGGAGGUGGUGAAGAUUCUAAGUAGAGUACGGGAGGCGAUGGAUGAGGAGUCGGUGUUGUUGGUUGUGGAGAAGGUGAUUCCGGAGACGGGGGGCGGGUUGAUGGCUGCGAUUGGGGAUCUCAGUAUGAUGGUCAGUUUUGCGGGGGCGGAGAGGACGGAGAAGGAGUAUGCGGAGUUACUUGGGAGGGCUGGACUGAGACUGGUGAAUUGUUGGGUGGGGAGUGAGAAUGAGGGGAUGGAGAUGGGGGUGUUGGAGGCGAGGAUAUAG